AUGAGCAUCUUCCCAACGAAUCUGCCGGAUGACCAGCCCGAACGACUCUACACUGAAACGGACGCUGUAAUCAGUACACUAGACGGGCUGAAUUGGACGAUACAACCUGAUUUCAGAAGCGUAGAAGAUCAACAAAAGCCCUUGUCUUUCUAUCAUCGUCGUCUCCCAGCCUCAGUCAACGAAUCAGAAGGAGAUCUGAUUCAGGAAGGUCCAGGUACGCGUUACGUACCCAUCGAUCGUUGGGAGCUGGAUCCCAAAAGUCCCGGACUCUCCCAACUAAGCGAUUGCGACUCUGAAAGCAUCGUCGUUCAGAAUGGUCGGGCAAGAUGGAACUGGUUUCCGAUGAAGAAAGACGAUCCAAGCGUUCCCGAUGCUUCGAUCCCACAUCGUAAAGAUGGGAUGUCUUACGCUGAGCUUAAUCCUACGGAUCUCGAGAAGUUGAUCACUCGCUACGCUGCUGAUCUACCAGAACUGGCCUGUCACUCUGCAGCUACCGGAGCACUGCAUGACCCUCAUUUACUUCAACAAAUCGAUGACGACGUGACAACCUAUCUCACGAGCUGUGUUGUUGGAAUGCCUCGAAGAACAUCUUUGGGACAUACACAAAUCUCUUCUGAAGUACCCCAUACAGUUCAUCGAGAGGUUGAUGGAAUUACAAGGGCGGUCCAUGAUUUUCGUUCUGCGAUCAGCAAUAGUGUCGAGCCCGCUUUCCAAACUGUGGCGGUGCCCAUCGGGAUCAAAGAGUUCCCCGAACGAGGUCUGCUUGAAGUCUUCGAUUCGAGAAAACAAUACCUUGUGCGAGAUAUCUAUCUGCUGAACUCCCAUAGUGACGAACUGACAAAGUACGAUGGACCCACACGACACAGCAUCAUGGAAAGAAUUGAUGAUGCGAAUCGUAAUCAUGCUGUUUAUGUUCUGGAGAAGAUCAGCGAGAAAGGAGGAUUACCUCCGAAAGAAGAAUGGACCUUCCAGGAGUGGCAAGAGGAUGAGUUGAAGGCACGGAAUGAUGACGAGCUGCGGGUGGUCCCUUAUGAUGUUAAUGACAGGCAACAGACUGCAUUGACAAGCAAAGAAACUCAAGAUCUGAUAACGAAGUACUGGCUACAAGGCAAUGUGAGAUACAUCUGA